AUAGAGAGAAAACCGAAAGAAAUUAUUACACAUGCACGAUGUGACCUGGAAGGAACACGGAUCCUUGAACAUUACUGCUAUAGAUAUUUUAUCAUUAUUACUGUUAUCAGUCACUGCCUUAACUAAACCGCAAGAAAACCAUGGACAACGUUUUCAAGCUUCAUGGUCCCAUUGUCACGUUGACCCUUAAUCUGAAUAUUGUGCCAGUCAUAACAAUUAGCAAACUUUUAUUAUUAUUAUUGUAAUUAUUUCACCGAUUUCAUUGGAUUGAAAUAAUAAAUAGGCGAUCGAGUGUUUGGACUUGGAUCAGUAGCAUAACGGGGUUUGAGCGAAAUGGGUGUUUUGGAGGGUCUCUUAGUUUUAAAUUUGGUUCUGAAUGUUGUUGUGGUGUGUAAUGGAGGCACAAGCAGCCUCUUCGUUAGGAAAACCGAGUUAUCUAACGAUAUGCCAUUUGACAGUGAUGUAUUUUCUGUUCCUCCUGGUUAUAAUGCUCCGCAGCAGGUUCAUAUAACGCAAGGUGACUAUGUGGGGAGGGGGAUGAUAGUGUCAUGGGUGACGAUGGAUGAACCGGGGUCGAGUGCAGUGCGUUACUGGAGUGAGAACAGUGGGAAGAAGAUGAUUGCAGAAGGAAAAAUUGUUACUUAUAGGUUCUUAAAUAAUUACUCAUCUGGGUUUAUUCAUCACACCACCAUCAGACAUUUGGAGUACAACACCAAAUACUACUACGAAGUUGGACUUGGCAACACAACACGGCAGUUUUGGUUUGUAACGCCACCUGAAAUUGGCCCUGAUGUUCCAUACACAUUUGGUCUUAUAGGGGAUCUCGGUCAGAGUUUUGAUUCAAAUGUGACUCUUUCUCACUAUGAAUUGAGUCCAAAAAAGGGACAAACUGUACUGUUUCUUGGAGACCUCUCCUAUGCGGAUCAGUACCCGAAUCAUGAUAAUGCGAGGUGGGAUACUUGGGGAAGGUUUACAGAAAGAAGUGUUGCGUAUCAACCAUGGAUUUGGACUGCAGGGAACCAUGAACUUGAUUAUUAUCCGGAUAUAGGUGUAACCGUACCUUUCAAGCCUUAUUCCCAUCGUUACCAUGUUCCUUACAAAGCAUCUCAGAGCACUUCACCCUUCUGGUAUUCUAUCAAGAGAGCUUCAGCGCACAUCAUUGUCUUGUCCUCAUAUUCAGCAUAUGGCAAAUAUACGCCACAGUAUAGAUGGCUUGAACAGGAGCUUCCGAAAGUUAACAGGACAGAGACUCCUUGGUUGAUUGUUCUCAUGCAUGCACCUUGGUACAAUAGCUACAAUUAUCACUACAUGGAAGGAGAAACAAUGAGAGUAAUGUUCGAAACCUGGUUUGUGGAGUACAAGGUUGAUGUUGUGUUUGCUGGUCAUGUUCAUGCCUAUGAACGAUCUGAACGUGUUUCUAACAUUGCAUACAACGUUGUAAAUGGCAUUUGCACUCCUGUAAAAGAUCAAUCAGCUCCUGUAUAUAUCACCGUUGGUGAUGGAGGAAACCUUGAAGGCUUAGCAACCAACAUGACAGAACCACAACCUGAGUAUUCUGCAUACAGAGAAUCCAGCUUUGGACAUGCCAUAUUUUCCAUAAAGAACCGAACGCAUGCUCAUUACAGCUGGAACCGAAAUCAUGAUGGAAUUGCUGUGGAGGCUGAUUCCGUUUGGUUUUUCAAUCGAUACUGGCACCCAGUUGAUGAUUCCACUGUUCAUGAGUGACAUUAACGCGCACUUUCACUUUCAUCAGUCGGCAACUAUUUGCUGCCAAUACCACCAACAUUGAUCUUCAAUGUCUCUGAAAUAGUUACAGUUGACAAUUGCAAAUUGCGUUCUUCUCUUCUGAAAUUGCAUGGAAUAAAGUCCGAGUGAAUUUUGAAAAAUAA